AUGCCUCCGACGAAGCAGUGGAUGUAUGUGAACUCACUCGAUAAGAAAUCCGCAACGAAAUAUCAACUCUUCCAUAGAUCGCAAAAUGAUCCGUUGAUACACGAUCCGGAAGCUGAAGAUAGGAUCCUUCAUGUGGUUGGAGGGCCCAAUCCUGCGUCUAGUGCGAAACCAUCAUCCUCGAAACGAGAAACAGGGACACUUCGUGACCUCGAUGAGGAAUUUAAAUCAGCGACUCGGAAAAAUGAAGGAGAGGCAGCGAACUAUGGUAUUUUCUACGAUGAUAGCAAAUAUGAUUACAUGCAACAUUUGCGCGGCUUAGAUGAGGGUGUUGGAGGCUCACACUUCAUUGAGGCGAAAACAAAGGGCAAGGGAAAGAAGGGCAUGAAGCUUGAAGAUGCGCUGAAAGAAAUUUCCCUGGAUGGUGAUAGCGCGGAUGACUUUACCUAUGGUGAUGCCAAUGAUGAUAUCCUGUCAACUGCUUCCUCAUAUGUACGCAAGGCUACGUACCAGGACCAACAAGAUGUACCGGAUGCGAUUGCAGGUUUCCAGCCGGACAUGGAUCCACGGCUGAGAGAGGCUCUAGAAGCGCUGGAAGAUGAUGCAUAUGUUGAUGAAGAAUGCGACGAGGAUAUAUUUGAUAACCUAGUUGCUGGUGGCCAUGACGCAGAGGUAGACCCUGAUGAGUGGAGGGAUACGUACAUCGAAGAGGAUGAGGGUUGGGAGUCGGAUGCAACAGAAAAGGCGCCGGUUCAACAUGACAAAUCGACUGACAGCCAGAUACCUGUGACACCAGACAGCGCCUCGGAUACCAAUAAACCAUCUCAGCCGCCCAAUAAUGAGCAGAUACCAGACAUGGAGGAACACGAGGGGGACUGGCUGAAAGAAUUCGCGAAAUAUAAGAAAGAUAUAAAAGGGAAUAAGGGUGUGGCCAACGGGGAUGAUAAUGCUUCUGAACUCCGCACUACGGCAUCAACUUUGUUCACACUCGGAGGGACCCCGGUUAGGAAGAAGAAACGCAAGGGUGCCCAAACGAACCCUUCAGCGUAUUCGAUGACUUCCUCUUCACUUGCCAGGACAGAAGGCCACAGGCUUCUCGAUGACCGAUUUGAAAGAAUGGAGGCCCUGUACUCUUUGGAUGAAGGAGAAGAAUAUGAAGGGUCGAGCAUGGCUGAUGACAUGUCGGUUGCGAGUGGGCUUUCGCGAUUCUCCAGGUUCUCCAAACUUUCACAAGCCCCGAGCCUUGUUGCAAAUGAUAGAGAUGUGCCGCUUCGCUCAGAUUUCAAUGAUGUUAUGGAUGGAUUCUUAGAUAAAUGGGAUGACCGACGAGUUCAUGCUAAACGCAAGGGCGCACAGGGUAGGCGUGGGAAGAACGGAAAUGAAGUCAUUGGCAUGAAAAUGCUGGACGAGGUUAGACAAGGCCUUGGGCCCCCUAGGCUUUCUACGAACGCCUUUGGAAAGGUUUGA